ACUAAAACGCAAUUUCGAUUUACACGGGUUCUGAAACGAACGGCAAUAGUUUAAGGUUACUAGCCCUGGAACGGAAGAAAGAAUGGAUCUGGAAGCAAUUUAUAAAUUUUUGAUUCCUGGGGAUAUAAGUUUUACGACUGGUGGCUUAUUGCUCGCAAUUGUUUGCUGCUCCCUUUUCAUGCUGAUUCAUGGAAUUGCAAAAUGGUAUGGUUUGCACAAAAACUCACCUCCAGGACCAGCCGGACUGCCUAUUGUUGGUUACUUACCUUUCAUGGGUAAAGAGCCCCACAAAACUUUCUGGAACUUGAGAAAAAAGUACGGAGAUGUUAUCAGUGUUUACAUGGGGCCAAAAUAUACUGUUAUCCUGAAUGACUACAAUUCGGUGAAGGAAAUUUUGUGCAAUCCUGCUGCUUUGGACAGAGCUCCUGAUCUUUUCAGCCAUCUAGGUGAUAUUGGAUUUAUAUCAGAGAAUGGUGAAAAAUGGAUCGAGCAAAGGAGGUAUUGUCUGUCAAUUUCCAGAGAUUUAGGCUUAGGAAGAGAUCAUUGGGAAGAACUUAUAAUGGAGGAAACAACCAAUUUUAUUAAGAACAUUCAAGAUUUAAAAGGGAAACCUGCUGACAUAUCUCAUAUUCUCGCUUCUUCUGUUACUUCGAACAUCAUCUCUCUCUUGAUUGGCCGGCGUCUGACCAAAGACGAGGUAGAUAUAGUCCAGCUCUCGAUUGAUUAUUCUGACGUCGCAUUCACCUAUAUGGGCCCAUCCAACCCGACAUCUGUAGUGCCAGGAUUGAGAAACGUUUGCGAGGUUUUCAAAAUUGCUGGAUACGACAAAGCUAUGAAGGUUAUCAGGCAGUUUUCAUCAUUCAUUAGGGAAGAAAUCAAUCGUCAUAAAACGUCUCCAGUGCUAAAAGAUGCUAGAGAUUUCAUCAAUUCUUAUUUGGAUAAGCUUUCUGAGUUGGCAGAAACUAAGAGUAAAAAUCAUUAUUUUUCAGAAAGAAUGCUGAAGGGCAACUUGGCUAUUUUAUUUCUUGGCGCCAGUGACACCAUCUUCAGCUCCUUGGGCUGGCUAUUUAGACUCAUGUGCGAACACAAAGACAUCCAAGAGAAGGUGCACGCAGAGCUCAUGGAAACCAUUGGUAAAGAUGGAAGAACAAGAUAUGAUGAAAGACACAAGGUACCCUACACAUUCGCAGUGUUAAUGGAAGCACAAAGAUAUGCCAGCAAUGUGCCCCUCAGUACAACGAGGAAAACAAAUCAAGAUAUCCAUAUCGAUGGAUAUGUAAUACCCAAAGGAUCGGAAAUAAUUGCUAACCUAUGGGCAUUGCACCACGACCCAGCUUAUUGGGAUGAACCAGAACAAUUUCGACCAGAACGCUUUUUAACGGAUGGGGGCACCAAGCUCGCUAAAAAUUCACCAAGUUAUGCUCCAUUUUCAAUCGGAAGAAGAAAUUGUCCUGGAGAGACUAUAGCAUGGAUGGAAAUAUUGUUCUAUUUUUCAGAAACAUUAAAGAACUUCGAAAUCUCUACUCCACCUAGAGUCAAGCCUGAAUUUAACAUUAUAAAUGGACUCGUAGCUCGUUUAGCUCCACAAGAAUUAUGUUUUAAAAAGAGAAAAAUUCUCCUGUAUGCAACAACGAUAAAAAUUAUGGAGUUAGAGAAAAAUAAUGCCUAUUUUAAUUUUAACAAUGCGACUCUUAUAAUAAGCAGCUUUACGCUUAUUAUUAGCAUAUAUGCUUUUUUCACACUACUCCGGAGUAUUUUACGAUGGUAUAAAUUAUGGCAAAAGAGGCCUCCUGGUCCUGUUGGAUUGCCAUUCGUGGGAUAUUUGCCAUUUUUAGGAAACGAACCUCACAAGACGUUAUGGAAUUUGAGAAAUAAAUAUGGAAAUAUUAUCAGUGUUUAUCUUGGCCCUAAGUACACUGUAGUUCUGAAUGAGUACAAGGUAGCUAAAGAGGUUUUGAGUCAUCCGGGAUCUCUGGACAGAGCGCCUGAUCUCUUCAGCCAUUUGGGGGAUAUUGGGUUCGUUGCAGAAAAUGGAGAAAGAUGGCUUGAACAGCGAAGAUUCACAAUGUCAACAGCUAAAGACUUAGGACUUGGAAAAGAUUAUUGGGAAAUUCUAAUCAUGGAAGAGGUAUCUAGUCUCAUUGAAAAGCUUCACGAACUGAAGGGAAAACCAUUCGAUAUAUCUGAAGAUUUAACUUUUUCUCUCAAUACCAGCAUACUUUCUCUUGUGAUCGGUCGCCGUUUAGGCAAAGAUGAGAUUGAUAAAAUUCACCUCUGUGCAGAUUAUGCUGACGCUGCAAUAACCAAAAUGGGGCCAUCAAAUCCUGCAUCACUUGUGCCUGGGUUGCGGAAAGUCUGCGAAAUCUUUAAAAUAGCUGAUUAUGACAAAUCAAGGAAGAUUAUUCACCAAUUUUCUUCAUUUAUGAAAGGAGAGAUCAAAAGGCAUAAAACUUCUGAACUAUUUCGAGAUAUUCCAGAUUUCAUAAACUCCUACUUGCAAAAGCUUUCAGAAAUGACAAAAAUUAAGAGCAAAGACCAUGCUUUUUCAGAAACAAUGUUGGAGGGCAAUUUAGCACUUCUUUUUCUUGGAGCUAGUGACACCGUGUUUAGUUCUUUAGGCUGGUUGUUCCGAAUCAUGUGCAAACAUAAGGACAUUCAAGAGAAGGUGCAUACGGAGCUCAUGGAAGUUCUUGGAAAAGACGGGCGUGCAAGGUACGAAGAAAGGGACAAGAUUCCUUACACAUUUGCAGUGCUCAUGGAAGGACAAAGAUAUGCAAGCAAUGUACCAUUAAGUACGACAAGAAAAGCAAAUCAAGAUAUUCCUGUCAAUGGAUACAUCAUUCCAAAGGGCUCCGAAAUAACAACAAACCUGUGGGCACUGCACCAUGAUCCAGACUACUGGGAUGAACCAAAUGAAUUUCGUCCAGAGCGCUUUUUGAUAGAUGGAGGCACCAAACUAAUCAAGAAUCCUCCAAGUUAUGCACCAUUUUCUAUUGGAAGAAGAAAUUGUCCUGGCGAAACAAUAGCAUGGAUGGAAAUUUUAUAUUAUUUUGCAGAGAUUUUGAAGAGGUUCGAGAUAUCAACACCUCCAGCAGUCGAGCCAAAAUUUGAAGUUAUUUCUGGACUCGUGACUCGAUUAGUUCCUCAGCCAAUGUGUUUUAAAGAGCGAAAUGUUUAAAUAGAGGCGUUGUAUAAUUUUGUUAUUUUAUUAACGAGCAUUAUUUAUCAAGGAAAGUUUUUUUCUCUUCCAAGUUUGUUCAUGAUAAUAAAAGUUUUACUUGUAAAACUGAAACAACAAAAAAAUAAAAUUGUCAAAUGCUGAAUA